AUGGUUGGCGGCUGGACUAAUCAGAAUGCCGAUGACUCCGAGUACAUGGUUAGUGCAUUCAGUUCCUACCUAAGGGAUUGAGAACUACGAAAAUUCUAAAUGAAUCCUUUAAAAAAAUUUUUUUGAGAAAAAAAGCUGCAGAAUAGGAUUUCCGAUUCGAGGUUCACAAAGCCUGUUCAAAUAUAUUUUUUUAGCUCAAUGCUUACUUUCAGAGAAAGUUUAUACCAUUUUCAAAGUAAUUUUGCAAAAAUCUUAAUUAUCUCUGACUGUCCAAAAGUUUUUUUUUCACUCCAUUACGUUUAUUCUAAAUUUUGCAAAUAUAACUUGAACACGACUUUACAGUUGAUUCUUUAGAAAUUUUAUUAUUAGAAAAAAAGAGUUUGGAAUUCAAAAAAAUUUUUGAAAAAAAGUUUGAUGUUGCUUUUAUUUUUUUCAUUGUCAAAUUUUUAUUUGCCAGUCCGUGAACUUUUACAACGAGUACAAUGAAUUACAAAUUAAAUAGGAAUUAGUUUUUUUCCUUUUAUUUUUUUCAAUUAAAAAUUACUAUUCUAAAAUGAGUAUUUUUUUCCAGGAUCGUGCCUGGAAGGCCGUGUCGAGCAUCAACGACAACGCCUCCAACAAUGGUCCUUACCACUUCAUUCCCAUUAAGGUAUAAUCAUUGUUUGUUAUAUUUGAAGAGGAAAAAAAGUAUAUACUCUUAAAAAAAUGUAAAAUUAUAUAAAAAAAGUAUGUAUACUAUAAAAAAAUAUACAUAUACUCUUAGCUUUAUAGAAUUUUAUCAAAAAAGGAAAAUCCUUUUGUUCAACUUGUAAUCUUUCAAGUGAAAAAUUACGAGGAAAAGUGUUCCAUUUUGCCGAAAAUUGAGUUUUUUAUUGAAAAUCUCGCUUCUCGAAAAAACGUCCGAGUUCUCACCAAAAAGCUAAACAAAUGUUGAGAUUUAAAGCGUUUAUACGAAUUUUCUGCUUUUCUAAACUGUCAAAAGAGCCCAUAUCAAUUUCAAAACAAAAAAUAGGUUUCCAUGACGAGCUUUUGUUUACAUGAAAAGCGAUCACAAAAACAGAAUUUUUGCUUCAUAAACACUAAAAGCUGUUAUCGCGAUUGAAUUUCUCGCACGAUUCGAUGAAGCAUGAGAAAUCAGAAAAUGAUAAACAGUAUUUGGAGAAAAUAUCUCAACAAAAGCAUUCCCUUCUAUUUUUUCGGAUAAACACAUCUUAAUAAAAACAUUUAGAAAUAAUUUCUGAGAAUAUUAGUGACAUAUUCCAAAAUAUUUUCGAAAGUAUUGAAUUUUAGGACAGUUGAAACUUUUUGAUCAUUCUUCGUCUUCAUAAGAACACCGAAAUACUUUAUAGUUAGGUUUUUUUUAACGAAUUUGAUAUUUUUCCAGCAGACUGAUAGUUGAAAUUUUCUUGCUCAAAAUUUUCGAAACUAAAUAUUUAUAAUUAUAACGCAAAAAUACAAUCAAAGUCCAUUUCAUUUGUGAGCUGGGGUUGUGGGCGCCACUGUAGUCGAAGCCACGUCGCCGUUGUUGAGAACGACGAUCGCAGCGGAGCCUCCGAGAAGGGCCGCCCAAAUCGCCCAAAAAAGGGCCAGUAGAACGUAUCUUCAAAAAAAAAUGAUAAUAGUUCGAAAAGAAGACAAAGAUUCCUAGCAAGAUGAGAUCGUAAUAAAAUUCAAGAGUCGAAAAAUUUAUAUAUUUUUUCAACUCACUUCUUCGAUUUUUUAAUGACUAAAGAAUUUCUGAAAAUUCGAUCUUUGGCUGUGUUUUUGAACACUAACGCAAUGUAAACCUUCUUUACCGCUCUUUUAAGACUAGAACCCGUUUUUCUCCACUACAACAGUGUAAAUUGGACUGUUGGGUAUUGUUCUUCAGUUGUCCGAUGUUUCUUUGAGAACCAACUUUUUCGAUACAGAGAAUAAAGAAAAAAGAACCUGGUGAUUUUCCACUUGGUUUCUUCUCGUUUCUUCACUAGCUCCUCAUAAGAGUAGCCGAUGAUUGGCUCUUUAUGCGAUGACUCUUGCUAAAUAAUAUUAUUUCAAGUGUUCAAAUUAUGUUCCUUUGAAAAGAAAGUUUUGUAACGGAUUAAAGUUCGUAAUCUAUUAUUAAUUUUAUCAUUGAAAAGGGUGGUUUUUGACGUCUUAAAGAAGAAGUUUUCUCUUUGAAUUUUGUAAUUUACGUAAAAUGUGCACAACAACUUUGAAGUUGUAGAUUCAUAUACCUGCGUAAAAUUCCAGAAAUUAAUUUUGAAAGUUCCCAUUAAGACACAGAAUCAGACUUAAACUAGACAUCAAAAACGUAUUUGAGCCAGUUUUCAGAAAAAGUUUUUACUGGAAAGUAGUGGCCUUUCUUUUUGGAAGCACCAUAACUCGAUCAGAAGCGACACAAAGAAAUAUUUUAAUGUACUGAGAUAGUUAUUCUUUAGAAAUCAUCAGGGAAAUUUCAUCUUUCCGAAACUUUUUCCUUCGUAAUAUCCUUGUAAACCUUGACAGAAACUGUUGAAAAGCCGCUGAUAGUAUUAUUCCUGGUCGAUGGCGAAUCCAUUUCUGCUAAAAUCGAAUAACUUUCGGAAUGCGUUUUGAAAAUGAGCGGAAAUUGAUGUGUGCAACGUUUUUGGUGGUCGAAAAGAAAUAAAAGAAGAAAAGAACGAGAGAUAAAAUGUUGAAGAGAAACGAGCCCCAAAUGAUAAGACGUUGAGCAAAUUUCGUUUUUCGGGAAAUUAAUCACCAUUUAUUUUCAAAGAUUCAAUUUAAAAUUUUGACAAAACGUUGAGAAAGGAAAUUGAAUUUGAAAGAAAAGCGAUUGUUUUUUUCCAAAGUUGACCUCUUCAGAUAACUUUUUUUAGACGUAUAGAUUUUUUUGUUUCAAGAACCUUCUAAUUAUUGUGAAUCAUAACGCAAAACAUUUUUUUGAUUCAAAAUAGAAGCAUUCAAAAAAACGAAAAAAAGUCAUGAAUACCGUGCUUUUUUUCAUCUUUUUUUCUUUUUGGGUAAACAGAAACUUGGAAUCAAUAUUUUUUUGUGAUUUUUUUCUCUUCUUUUCAUAACAAACAAUGGAAGGAGCACGUGAAAGUUGAGAAUAAAAGAAAACAAGAUAAUGAAUAUUUUUUCUCGGAAUUUCAUGAGAAGAAAUCAUACAGAAAAUAAGCGAUAAUAUAAGUUAGAAUAAAAUUAUGAAUUUGAAUUCUUGCAGGUAAUCAGCGCCAAGACCCAAGUCGUCGCCGGAGUUCAGCACAAGUUCGAAGUUGUUGUUGGCCAGUCGACUUGCAAGAAGGGCGUGAGUUUUUUUUUUCUUUUCAUUUUUCAAAGGAAAACUAUCAAUAAUUGGAAGGUAGUCAAAUUUUGUUCAUUAAGCUUUUUUUCCCAUUAAAAAAAUAUUUUGCAAUCUUUUUUUCAAAAAAAUUCCUUUCAUUCGUAUCAAAGAAAGCAUUAAAUAGUUCAAAAAUUGUUCUUUCAGACUUCAAUAUGAGGAUUUUUUUCCUAUAAAAUAUCCAUUUCUGAAAAAUGUAGGAAAAAGUAUUCUAAAAAGGAAUGUUAUUUUUCAGGACACUGACCCCAAGACGAUCAAGGCUUCCAACUGCCAGCUCAAGGAUGACGGAAGUCGCGCUGUUAGUUUUUAUUUUUAUGUUUCAAGAUAGAGGGCUUCAAAAGAACGUAUUUUUCCGAUUAAGCUGAAAAUUUCCCCAAAAAAUGAGAUAAAAUAUUUCAUGAUUGCAGAUCUACGAAGUGACCCUCUGGGAGAAGCCGUGGGAGAACUUCGAGGAGUACAACGUCCAAAAAGUUCGCGACGUCGAAUCCAACGAGCAAUUCUGA